AUGAUACCUCUCUCCUACUGCCAAACCCCUACCUCUACCCUCCCUCCUACUUACAAAUCCACUACGCACACACUCACCCCAGCCUUCCACCACUCCAUGCUCAGCACUACUAUCCCUGCCCCCUCCUAUCAGAGAGCUUGUUCAUAUAUCAGACAAUCUUAUGAUAAUUAG